CGCCGCCGCCCGGCCUCCCGCGCCCGCGCCCGCGCCCGCCGCCUCCUCCUCGGUGCGGUUCCACUGGGCUCGAGGAGCGGCCGCCGAGACCUCCGCCUGCGAACAAAGAGGAGGCCGGCAGGGCGGGGGCGUCUGCGGCGAGCAUGGCGGACCGCAGCCUGGAAGGCAUGGCUCUGCCCCUGGAGGUGAGGGCCCGCCUGGCCGAGCUGGAGCUGGAGCUGUCGGAAGGUGACAUCACACAAAAGGGAUAUGAAAAGAAGAGGUCAAAAUUAAUUGGCGCCUACCUUCCUCAGCCUCCGACAGCGAAUGGAGCUGCCGUGGUUCGGUGUAGACUGCAGCACAGUGAAGGCGCCACGAGGAGAACGUUCCGCCCCGCGCACAUCGGUGUGUGCGACRUCCGAGAAGCCGCGGCCCGGGAGCGGGCGGCCAGCGCCGCGGGGAACCGGCCUCUGUUUUACUUUCGUUUCGGGGUGGACCAAGCUUUGCCUCAAGAGCGCCGGGCUCCUGUCACUCCUUCUUCUGCCUCUAGAUACCACCGCCGAAGGUCCUCAGGGUCACGAGAUGAGCGCUAUCGGUCAGACGUUCACACAGAAGCUGUUCAGGCAGCUCUUGCUAAACACAAAGAAAGGAAGAUGGCGGUGCCUAUGCCUUCCAAACGCAGGUCCCUGGUUGUACAGACCUCGAUGGAUGCCUACACGCCUCCAGAUACCUCUUCUGGCUCGGAAGACGAAGGCUCGGUGCAGGGUGAUUCCCAGGGGACCCCCACCUCCAGCCAGGGCAGCAUCAACAUGGAGCACUGGAUCAGCCAAGCCAUCCAUGGCUCCACCACGUCCACCACCUCUUCCUCCUCCACACAGAGCGGGGGCAGCGGGGCCGCCCACAGGCUGGCGGACGUCAUGGCACAGACGCACAUAGAAAAUCAUUCUGCACCUCCUGACGUAACCACAUACACCUCAGAACACUCCAUACAGGUGGAGAGGCCGCAGGGCUCCACCACAUCCCGAACAGCACCAAAGUACGGCAACGCCGAGCUCAUGGAGACUGGGGACGGAGUACCAGUAAGUAGCCGGGUAUCAGCAAAAAUUCAGCAGCUUGUCAAUACCCUCAAACGGCCYAAGCGACCGCCUUUGCGAGAAUUCUUUGUUGAUGACUUUGAAGAGUUGUUAGAAGUUCAACAACCUGAUCCAAACCAACCAAAGCCUGAGGGAGCCCAGAUGCUGGCGAUGCGAGGGGAGCAGCUGGGGGUCGUCACGAACUGGCCGCCUUCCCUGGAAGCUGCUUUGCAGCGAUGGGGGACCAUCUCACCAAAGGCUCCCUGCCUGACCACCAUGGACACGAAUGGAAAGCCCUUGUACAUCCUCACUUACGGCAAACUGUGGACGAGAAGUAUGAAGGUCGCUUACAACAUUCUGCAUAAACUAGGUACAAAGCAAGAGCCCAUGGUGCGGCCUGGAGAUAGGGUGGCACUGGUGUUCCCAAACAAUGACCCAGCUGCAUUCAUGGUGGCCUUCUAUGGCUGCCUGUUGGCAGAAGUUGUUCCUGUGCCCAUCGAAGUGCCACUCACGAGAAAGGAUGCAGGCAGCCAGCAGAUAGGCUUCUUGCUUGGAAGCUGUGGAGUUACUGUAGCCUUGACGAGUGAUGCCUGUCACAAAGGACUGCCAAAAAGCCCUACGGGAGAGAUCCCCCAGUUUAAAGGUUGGCCAAAGCUGCUGUGGUUUGUCACAGAGUCAAAACACCUCUCUAAACCUCCUCGAGAUUGGUUCCCACAUAUUAAAGACGCAAAUAACGACACCGCUUACAUUGAGUACAAGACGUGUAAGGAUGGAAGUGUGCUGGGCGUGACGGUGACGAGGAUCGCUCUGCUGACACACUGCCAGGCGCUCACACAGGCAUGCGGCUACACAGAAGCUGAAACCAUUGUGAACGUGCUAGAUUUUAAGAAGGACGUGGGGCUCUGGCACGGCAUCCUGACGAGCGUCAUGAACAUGAUGCAUGUGAUCAGCAUCCCAUACUCGCUGAUGAAGGUAAACCCCCUCUCCUGGAUCCAGAAGGUCUGCCAGUACAAAGCAAAAGUGGCAUGUGUGAAGUCGAGGGACAUGCACUGGGCACUGGUGGCCCACAGAGAUCAAAGAGAUGUCAACCUCUCCUCUCUCCGCAUGCUCAUAGUGGCCGACGGAGCAAAUCCCUGGUCUAUUUCUUCUUGUGAUGCGUUUCUCAAUGUCUUCCAGAGUAAAGGCCUUCGUCAGGAGGUCAUCUGUCCGUGUGCCAGCUCACCAGAGGCCCUCACCGUGGCCAUCCGGAGGCCCACAGAUGACAGCAACCAGCCUCCGGGCCGGGGCGUGCUCUCCAUGCAUGGGCUGACCUACGGUGUCAUCCGGGUGGACUCAGAGGAGAAGCUGUCUGUGCUCACAGUGCAGGACGUUGGGCUCGUCAUGCCCGGAGCCAUCAUGUGUUCAGUGAAGCCAGAUGGGAUUCCUCAGCUGUGCAGAACAGAUGAAAUCGGGGAGCUGUGCGUGUGCGCAGUGGCAACAGGCACUUCGUAUUAUGGCCUCUCUGGCAUGACCAAGAACACCUUUGAGGUGUUCCCCAUGAUGAGCUCGGGCGCGCCCAUCAGUGAGUACCCGUUCAUACGGACGGGCCUGCUGGGCUUCGUUGGUCCUGGAGGGCUCGUCUUUGUGGUGGGGAAGAUGGAUGGCCUGAUGGUGGUCAGUGGGCGCAGGCACAAUGCCGAUGACAUCGUGGCGACAGCCUUGGCCGUGGAGCCCAUGAAGUUUGUCUACAGAGGAAGGAUAGCUGUGUUCUCUGUGACCGUCCUUCACGAUGAAAGGAUAGUGAUUGUAGCGGAGCAGAGGCCGGACUCCACGGAGGAGGACAGCUUCCAGUGGAUGAGCAGGGUGCUCCAGGCAAUCGACAGUAUACAUCAAGUUGGAGUUUACUGCCUAGCUUUGGUGCCAGCAAAUACCCUUCCCAAAACCCCACUGGGUGGAAUCCAUUUGUCAGAAACGAAGCAGCUCUUCCUGGAGGGCUCCCUUCACCCCUGCAACGUCCUUAUGUGCCCCCACACUUGUGUCACAAACUUGCCUAAACCUCGACAGAAGCAACCAGAAAUUGGCCCCGCCUCUGUGAUGGUGGGAAACCUCGUGUCUGGGAAGAGGAUCGCCCAAGCCAGUGGCAGAGACCUGGGUCAGAUAGAAGACAACGACCAGGCCCGGAAGUUCCUGUUCCUCUCGGAGGUCUUGCAGUGGAGAGCCCAGACCACCCCAGACCACGUGCUGUACACGCUGCUCAACUGUCGGGGUACCAUAGCAAACUCGUUGACCUGUGUCCAGCUUCAUAAGCGUGCUGAGAAGAUAGCCGUGAUGCUGAUGGAACGGGGACACCUGCAGGAUGGGGACCACGUGGCUUUGGUCUACCCACCAGGCAUAGACCUCAUUGCAGCAUUUUACGGUUGCCUGUACGCGGGCUGUGUGCCGAUAACCGUCCGACCUCCGCACCCACAGAACAUCGCCACGACCCUGCCGACUGUCAAGAUGAUUGUAGAGGUGAGUCGCUCUGCCUGUCUGAUGACAACACAACUGAUCUGUAAGCUGCUACGGUCCAGGGAGGCAGCGGCAGCUGUAGAUGUCAGGACAUGGCCCCUCAUACUGGACACGGAUGAUUUGCCAAAGAAGCGGCCUGCUCAGAUCUACAAACCCUCCAACCCCGACACGCUGGCCUACCUUGACUUCAGUGUGUCCACAACCGGAAUGCUAGCUGGCGUAAAGAUGUCUCACGCAGCCACCAGUGCCUUCUGCCGUUCUAUUAAGCUGCAGUGUGAGCUUUACCCUUCUAGAGAAGUGGCCAUCUGCUUGGACCCCUACUGUGGACUUGGAUUUGUCCUCUGGUGCCUCUGCAGUGUGUACUCUGGGCACCAGUCCAUUCUGAUCCCACCCUCAGAGCUGGAGACCAAUCCUGCACUGUGGCUGCUAGCUGUGAGUCAGUACAAGGUGCGGGACACGUUCUGCUCAUACUCGGUGAUGGAGCUUUGCACCAAGGGGCUGGGCUCCCAGACAGAAUCCCUCAAGGCACGAGGACUGGACUUGUCCCGAGUGAGGACCUGUGUGGUGGUGGCAGAAGAACGGCCUCGGAUCGCCCUCACGCAGUCCUUCUCUAAGCUGUUCAAGGACCUGGGCCUCCACCCGCGGGCUGUCAGCACCUCGUUUGGCUGUAGAGUGAACCUGGCGAUUUGCUUGCAGCCCCACAGGCUGUGGACCCUGGCCGAGCAGGGGACCUCAGGACCUGACCCAACCACUGUCUAUGUUGACAUGAGAGCCCUGAGACAUGACAGAGUCCGGCUAGUGGAAAGAGGAUCUCCUCACAGCUUGCCCUUGAUGGAAUCGGGAAAAAUUCUUCCUGGGGUUCGGAUCAUAAUUGCCAACCCGGAGACUAAAGGACCGCUGGGGGACUCGCACCUUGGGGAGAUCUGGGUGCACAGCGCCCACAACGCCAGUGGUUAUUUCACCAUCUAUGGAGAUGAAUCCCUCCAGUCUGAUCACUUCAACUCUCGGCUGAGCUUUGGAGACACCCAGACCAUCUGGGCACGAACAGGCUACCUGGGGUUCCUGCGGAGGACUGAGCUCACGGAUGCGAAUGGAGAGCGCCACGACGCCUUGUACGUGGUGGGAGCGCUAGACGAAGCCAUGGAGCUGCGGGGAAUGCGGUACCACCCCAUUGACAUCGAGACCUCCGUCAUCAGAGCCCAUAAAAGCGUCACAGAAUGUGCCGUGUUCACCUGGACGAACUUGCUGGUGGUGGUGGUCGAGCUGGACGGGUCAGAGCAGGAGGCCCUGGACCUGGUUCCGCUGGUGACCAACGUAGUCCUGGAGGAGCACUACCUGAUCGUGGGCGUGGUGGUCGUGGUGGACAUCGGGGUCAUCCCCAUCAACUCCCGCGGGGAGAAGCAGCGCAUGCACCUGCGGGACGGGUUCUUAGCAGACCAGCUGGACCCCAUCUACGUGGCCUACAACAUGUAGCCUCGCCGCUCUGCUUCCUCGGACUGUCCUAGGGGGUGUGAACAUUUUUCUCAGUGUCCACUGAAGCGUGCAGACACGAGGGCCACAUGCGCCAGAAUGCAGCCUGGCGUGGCGGGACGGGAGGGGGAGGAGGACUUGUUGCAGCAGUCACCCUGGCAUGGAGAUGAAAUGUGAAUUUAUCGCUGAAUUUUGCUCAGAAGGACUUUGGAUUUGCCUUCAGUUUGUUGGAAAAGCUCAUUUCAAAAACUUUUACUUUCUUUUUUUUUUUUAAUUAUUGGAUAAUAAGUGCUUUCUUCGUAAAUGUGGUAUUUUGUUAAGCCGAAAUAGCAAUUAAAAAAAUAUCCUGCCCUCCAGAUGGGUUCUUUUAAACGAUUUAUGUAGUGUGACAAAGAAUUGUUUUCUCUGUUUUUUAAUGUGUCAUGGAAUCUUACUGACAUGGAUCUGUUACUAAGUUAAGCCAUUGCUAGAUCUCACCCUUCUGGAACGUUCAUUGAGGUACGAGAAAACCUUCCAGAUAGCACCUUCCAAUUAGAUUUUAGCAGCUUUCUUUGUCAGAAAUGUGCUGAAGAAACAAAGGCCAACUUAUGGCCUUUGAAGUUAGCAUAGAAUGAGAAGAAAUUAUAAAUAAGGUGUAUUUCGGCAAUUAUCUUGCAAAUAUCUUUGUACUAAACUAAAAAGAUAAAAAUAAGUUAACUUCCUCAAUAUGUAAUUAUGUACAAAAUGUUUAAUUUAUUUUGAUCUCUUUAGAAGUAUAAAAGAGAAAAACAUUCAAGAAUAUUAAAGUCUUGUAAUGUUUGCUAAUAUAAAAAAGUGUUGUAUUAUCUUGCGUGGAUAGUAUCACAACAAAUAUAUAUAUAUGAAAUAUAAAUUCACUAAUGAAAAAAGGAGAUUUUAAAGUUUAAAUGCAGAACUCGUCAGCUUGCAUGGAGCGCCCUCUGCUGUGUCCACGUCCACCGCUGUCGCAAGCAGUCACAGAUGGCCAGCAGCCCUGUCUCGGUUCCUCCUAAGAUCAGGACCAGCRAGCGGGACCGUUGCCAUCUCCGAGACGGUGAAGGACUCUCACGCUAAACGUGCACUACUUUUUUCCUUUGCUGUGGGGACGACAGUGAGUGCAUUUUGGCCAGCGUGUGCCAACCCCAGGGGCUCUAGCUGGCCAGUUGCACUGUUCUCUUAGCUGCCAGAAUCCGUUGCACAAUGUUUUUCAGCCUUUUCGUUAGUGUCACCUUUUUUGGUCCUUGGUAUGAAAAGAAAUGCUAUCCUGUGGUCAUUUGUCCUGGGUUGCAUUGACCCCCUCACCCCCACCCCUAGAUGGCCACUGUGUGAGAAUGUCCAGAAUGGCUUAAGGGGAGAGASACAUAGGUGAUGUCCCCUUAUCUGAAGACCCAGCCAAGUCUGUGGUCUCUUGAGUUUCCUAGCUCGGCCCUGAGCAAGCCCCCUGGGGACUCAUAACAGAGCUCUGGCUGAAGCAAGAAAUCAUCCCUGUGCCACCGUGGAGGAGAACGUCCCUGGUUUCUGUCUCUGCUGUUGCUGCCUCACACACCUGUCUGCAGAGCUCCUCUGUGCAUUCUAAKUUGAAUUGGCCUGUCUGUAUCCAAGAAGGACGCAUCAGCAAUCCAAGAUGGAUUUAUUUUAUAAUUGCCCCAAUAUGAUGCUGCAGUGGCUGUCAGUACUAGAUAUGCAUGACUAAGAUUGUUACUGGGCAAAUUUAGAUUUUUUUUUAAUCGUAGGCAUUGUCUUUGCCAUCAUUAUCUGCAGCCARCAGUAAGCCCUUUGCUAAAAGAGAGUUUUGUUUGACUUCUGAGAUCCAAGGCUGAUUGCUUAAAAAGAUUCUAAGUGGCACUUUUUUAAAAAAUGUUUUGCCUGCAUAUAUGGAGCACCCUUCCAUCUACACCAAUCAUUUGGAUUUUAAAAUACCGUUUGUUCAUUGCCAUACGAGUCUCUCCACAUGCUUCAGAUGCACAUUCCUAGCCUUCUGCUUCCUGGGGGGGGGAACACCCGCCACAUACAGAAACAGACAUUUGCUUACACAAAGAUGUUAAGGGGAAUGGGUUUAAGGUUUCAGUCAGGAUGCUGAUUACGAAACAUAAUUGUAGUGUGCAGGRAAACUUGCAAGCUGAUGUCAGGAAGCAAAGCAAAUUUAGAUGUCACUUCCAAGAUCAUUUUAACUUUCACCAUAUCAACUUUCCAUCCAAGGAGGGCGAACACUGCAGUGCAGUUGCAAAGCAGUUAAUAGCAGGUCUUUUCUGCAUCCUGUCAUCUCUGAUGUUAGGCUUAGGUUCAAAGAGUUGGUGGACUGGAAUCGAAGUUUGUGCAAGAGAAAGGAAAGGAGACACUUAAGUACCACCAGUUUCAGCAAUAAAGAAGGAUCGUUCUGUAUUAGAAAUUGUACUGUAGAUAAAUCAUUCAUGAGAAUGUAAAAAAAAAAAUGUUUGUCUUGUGACCUUGUGCUUUUGAAGUCAGCCAAAAUCGUGUAAUCAACUUGCACAAAAAGAGGGUACACAGUGAACGUUUAAACACAGACCGAAUCAAACAGGAGCAGAUUCCUCAUGGUGCUUGUUUAUUAUAUAUAUUUAAUCCUGCUUGACACUUUACCCAAGGGAAAUGGUCCCUUUCAUCAGUUGAAUGUUAGCAGCGUUAUUUCAGAGUGUGGUGACUGGUUAGAGAAAUUCAUGUACUCGACCAAUCACAGUUUCAAACAAAAUUUUUAUGUGCAAAGGACAGCAACCUUCUUGUAUGUUCAACCACCAGUACGCUUUGUACAUCUGUGAUAACGCCUGUUUUAUAUUCAAAUGAACAAAUAAAAGCUUUUAUUUUUGUUGCUCUGAAAAAUAGCAGUUUCUUAAUUGGUACCCUGGAAAAAAUGUCUCAGCUCCAAACCCAGGAAGAAGGUGACUCCUACAGGGAAAUGUAUCCGACUCUGUUUACAUAAUUUGUUGCAUAACUUAGUACAGAUAAUCAUACUUGGAACAAUGUUUAAAUUUUGA